AUGCCUGUUCGCUGUCAGGAAGCAUUGCUGUUGCAGCAGCAGCAGCAGCAGCAACAGAGUACAGAAGCAGAAGCUAAAGAUACUUUUGCAGCAUCAGUCAAGGACAAACGAAGCGGCUACAAAGUCGCGGUGACAGCAAGAGUAGCAGCAGCAGCAGCCGCAGCAAUUCCUGCAGCAGGAGCAGCUUCUGCAGAUAGGACUUCUGCAGUUGCAGCAGCAAAAGUAUCGGCAGCAGCAGCAGCAAGUGCUGCGGCAGCUUCAAGACUAAUACCCAGUGAAUCAGCAGCAAUAGGCGGAGCAGCAAUAAUGCUCUUGGCAGCAGCAGCAGCAGUAACAACAGCAGCAGCUGCGAAACUCACACAGCAGCAGCAGCUGCGAAACUCACACAGCAGCAGCAACAGCAGCGGCUGCAAGUCCCGCAGCGCUGCAACAGCAGCAGCUGCAAAUACCGUAGCGCAGCAAGAACAAAAACAGCACGAUAGCAGUAGCCGCGGAUAA